CAAAAAUAAAAAAAAAAAAUGACCAAACAACCCGAAAUCAAAUUUACGAAGCUGUUCAUCGAUGGCAAGUUUGUGGAUUCAGUAAGUGGCAAAAAGUUUGCCGUUAUCAACCCAUCGACUGGCAAGAAAAUCUGUGACGUUACCGAAGGCGAUGAAGCGGACGUAGAUAAAGCCGUGGAGGCAGCUCGCCGGGCGUUUAAACUUGGUUCCAAAUGGCGCACUAUGGACGCCUCAAGUCGUGGCCAUCUCAUCUACAAGUUGGCUGACCUUAUUGAAAGGGAUGCCGAAUAUUUGGCUGCCCUAGAAACCCUCAACAAUGGGAAACCGUUGCCAGAAGCGCAAUUCGAUAUGGUUUUUGCUGUGAAAUGCCUUCGCUAUUACGCUGGUUGGACCGAUAAAAUUCACGGCCAGACCAUUCCUGCAGAUGGUAGCAGUUUUGUUAUGACGCGGAAGGAGCCUGUCGGAGUCGUAGGGCAGAUCAUUCCUUGGAACUAUCCAGUAUUGAUGUGUGCGUGGAAGUUUGGACCAGCAUUAGCUGCUGGAUGCACAAUUGUCCUCAAACCUGCUACAGAGACCCCGUUAACCGCACUUUAUCUGGCGCACCUAUCGGUCGAGGCUGGAUUUCCAGCUGGUGUGAUAAACGUGGUCAACGGCUUCGGUGACACAGUGGGAACAGCUUUAACAAAGCAUCCAAAUAUCCAGAAAAUUGCUUUUACCGGCUCAACAGAGGUCGGGAGAUCGAUCAUGGAAAAUGCAGCCAAAUCAAACCUGAAGCGUUUCAGUUUGGAACUGGGUGGAAAGAGUCCAAUUGCCGUAUUCCCCGAUGCUGAUUUGGAUAAUGCCGUCUCGACCUGCUUCAGCGCCAUAUUUGCCAACAUGGGCCAAUGCUGCUGCGCUGGUUCGCGUACGUUUGUUCAUGAAGACAUCUACGAUGAGUUUGUUAAAAAGACUGCGGCUAUGGCCGCCGCCCGCAAAGUUGGAAAUCCUUUCGACGAAGGGGUUGAGCACGGACCACAGGUUAGCGAGAAACAAUUCAACAAAAUUAUUGACCUAGUGGAGUCGGGAAAGAAGGAAGGAGCGUCGGUUAAGUGCGGUGGUAAAAAAUGGGGAACCGAAGGUUACUUUAUUGAACCAACGGUGUUUGCAGAUGUAACGGAUGACAUGCGUAUAGCAAAGGAAGAGAUUUUCGGUCCUGUUCAAACGAUUCUAAAGUUCCGCACGAUGAAAGAACUGAUUGAACGUGCCAAUAAAACUUAUUAUGGUCUUGCUGCAGGAGUGAUGACUAAAGAUAUGAACACGGCCCUCACGUUUGCCCAGGCAGUCGAAGCUGGUUCCGUCUGGAUUAAUUGCUAUAACGCCACGACGGCCCAGACGCCAUUCGGUGGUUUCAAAAUGUCCGGCCAAGGAAGAGAAUUGGGAGAAGAGGGCUUGCAUCACUACUUGGAAGUGAAGACAAUUACAAUUGCGAUCCCUCAGAAGAAUUCCUAAAAAUAGUUUAAAUAGCAAAAGCAAGGGUAA